AGACCAGUCGCAGCCAUUUUACCCUGUGAAAUAAACUUCAAUCUCAUAGCAGGAGGAAACAAACAAAAUACGGAGCAUAGUUCGACUGACAUUAUUGGAUGUACCUCUGUAAACUACAGGCUGGACUGCUUCUGGUUGAAACUCUUCAUAAUUCGGUGCGACUCCAUGGCUUAGAGUGACUGUUUACAGCAGCGAGCACAGACGUCUGCUUUCUCCGUCCCUUGCUGCCCUCUGUUACUAUAGGUAGCAGGUAGCAAAACCUGAGGGACGGUGACCCAAACACUCUUGCUGCUUUGCCCGGGACCCUCCCCAAUCCCCUCCUGAGGCAGAAUGGAGCCCCAAGCUUCCCAGGGGCAGCUAGGAGCAGAGGGGGAUUGUGGGAUGAUGAGUCUGCUUGUGCCUAGUCCCCAGAGCGAGGCGGUGACCCAUGAGAUGGAGGAGCUGUCACUGCAGCCCACACAGAGUCUGCCUCCACUCAAUGAACGCAAGAACGUCCUGCAGUUGAGGCUUCAGCAAAGGCGAACCCGGGAGCAGCUGGUGGACCAGGGCAUCAUGCCUCCUCUGAAGAGCCCAGCAGCUUUCCAUGGACAGAUUCGCAGCUUGGAGAGAGCCAGGACCGAAAACUUUCUGAAGCACAAAAUUCGCAGUCGACCAGAAAGAGCAGAGCUGGUCAGGAUGCACAUUCUGCAAGAGACUGGAGCCGAGCCCUCUUUGCAGGCCACCCAGAUGAAGCUGAAAAGGGCUCGGCUAGCUGAUAAUCUAAAUGAAAAGAUCGCCCAGCGGCCAGGUCCAAUGGAGCUGGUGGAGAAAAACAUCUUACCAGUGGACUCCAACCUCAAGCAGGCCAUCAUUGUAGGGCAGGUGAACUAUCCCAAAGUUUUGGAUGAAGACAGCAGUGAUGCCCUGUCGCCUGAGCAGCCAGCCAGCCAGGAGUCCCAGAGUUCUGUCCCUUCACCUGGAGAGAACAAAGCACCUGAGACCCCAUCUCCAGCUGCCGUACCUCCAACUCUACCCAGCACCAUGCUGCAGGCCAUCCCAGUGGCCACACAAGCAACUACCGACUUUAUGAAAGUCAUCUCCACCAAUGAGCAGCAUGCCACUCGCCCAGCUGUUACCCUUGCACAGCCACUCACUACAGCUGUCCCCUCAAAACCAGGCCCGACACUGGUGAAACAAAGCCAGCAGAAACCUCUCUCAGAGAAGAGUCGCAGUAAGAAGGGCAAAGAGCCAAAGUCCCGUGUGAAAAAGCUCAAGUACCACCAGUAUGUUCCUCCAGACCAGAAGCAGGAGGCCAGUGAAGCACCAAUGGACUCUUCUUAUGCUCGACUGCUUCAGCAACAGCAACUGUUUCUGCAGCUCCAGAUCCUCAGCCAGCAGCAGCAACACUACAACUAUCAGACCAUAUUACCAGCACCACUCAAACCUGUGGCAGAAGGUCAGAGCAGCAGCGCCAGCAGCCUGCCAGCCUCUAUCGUUGUCUCUUUGCCCACUGCCUCUCCACCGCCGCCCCUGCCUCCAGCUCCAACUCGGCCGCACAACUCGCUGUCAAACCGCAAGCCAGGCGUGCUGCCAGCCAACCUGGAGGAAAUGAAGGUGGCUGAACUCAAACUGGAGCUAAAGCUGCGUGGCCUCCCCGUUUCAGGCACAAAAACUGAUCUGAUAGAGAGACUCAAGCCCUUCCAGGACACCCCCACCACCUCUGCUCCCUCUACAACCCCUUCCUCUGCCGCCCUUACCACACUGACCACAGUCCCCAUGGAGGUCAGCACAACCACUACCACCCCAGCCAUAGUCCUUCCAGCCCAACAGGGGGCUCCGGAGAACAUGAGCUCCACACCUCCGGUUUCACCCAUUCCCAACGAAUCUUCCUCCAUCAUGUCUGAAGCACAAAUGGGCCCGCUGUCCUCACCCAUCCCAACCUUUCACAUCCCAGAGGAGAAGGACAGGAGGCUGCAUGAGAAGGAGCGGCAGAUAGAGGAGCUGAUGCGGAAGCUGGAGCAGGAGCAGAAGUUAGUGGAGGAGCUGAAGAUGCAGCUAGAGGUGGAGAAGAGAGGCCUGGGUAGUGGCAGCACUGACUCCGCCUCUGUCCCACCACAGCUCACCUCAGUACCCGCCAUAAACUCUGUCCCAACAGUCCUGAACGCAAAUGUAGUGAAAAGAGAGGGUCCCAUCCUGUCAAACUGUUCAUCCACAGCUACGAUCCCAAACUCAAUCCUGGGCCCCUCGACUAUUACAACCCCCCUGCCCACUGUGGUGAAACUGGAGGAUGUGACCGUUUCUUCUGGCAAGCCCCUCCAGCUCCCAACCCAAACCCAGCUCAUCACCCAGAUCCAGCCCUCAGCCCAGCCCCAGGUGACCGCCAGCCCACAGUUCCUCCCCCAGUCUCAGAGAAGUCCCAAAGUCCAGGCCCAGCCCCAGCCCCAGCCCACCACUCCUAGCCUGCAGCAGUUCUUCAUCAGCCACACAGGUGGAGUGUCCCAGGUACUGGGUCAGCCCCAGACUCUGCUGACCACCACAGGCCAGGCUGGGACUCAGAUCCUCCUCCCAGUAUCACUACCCAACAACACUACUACAAUCCAGCUGCCGAGUACCACCGUCAGCCUGCAGCCUGUUCUACAGGCCACUGUCUCAAAUCCUGCCCCGGGUCUGGUUCAGGCCCCCGUUCCUCAGAUACAGAACACGAAAAUGGAAACUGCACCCAGCCAGCAGCUAGUCAACCCACUGCUACAGACUCUGACAGUGUGCAAUAAUACUACUGGUUUGGAGAACCAGACUAGAGCUGACCUAAAUCCACAGUGUUUCCUGAGAAGCUCUCAGGAGAGCAGGGUUUCUCCACGGGCAUCACCCAACCACCAUGUCUCCAAUGGACCCCUCAAUAAGUGUCCCUCUCCAUCCCAAACCACCUUCAUCCUUCAGCCCACCUCGCUGGUCACUCAACCUGCCAAGACAAGAGAGCCUCCCCGCUAUGAGGACGCCAUCAAACAGAGCCGAAACCUGCACACAAACAGCAUUUCGCAGGUUCCCACAGCAACCAGCCAGCAGAUGGAUGAUUUGUUUGACAUCCUCAUAGAGAGUGGAGAAAUCACCCCUUUCAUCCAGCAGGACCCUCCAGCGUCAAUCAAUAAGACGUUGCCUGUCACAGCCAACAUCACCACUCUGCCCAUGAGCACUGCCCUCUGUAGACCACCUCCACAGAUCCAGUUGGCCCCUCCCCCUACACUGAGCCCCACCAUGGACCCCAACCUGCCAAGCCUCUCCUCUCUAGCUACAGACAAUCAGCUGGAGGCCUUCCUGGAGAAAACGCUGACGGAAACACCCCCAGCAUCAGACCCCCGCACCCAGGGCCUGAUGGAGGAGCUGCAGGCCCAGCUCAUGGACCAGCAGCCGUACUCGCCGAUGGACACAUCUGACCUGUCCUUCUGCGAUUCCUCGUCACCCCCCUCCUCACUCCAAAUGGGUCUGUCCGACCCGGCGCUGGACAACAUGGAAUGGCUGGACCUCACAAUGCCUCCCGGUCCUGCGGGGCCCCUCACGCCGCUGGGGAUCCCAACGGACUUCCUGGACUCGCAUGACCUGCAGCUGCACUGGGACUGAUGGAUGGAGAAGAUGAAGGUGAGCAGCUGAGCCAAGAGGCAGAAAACAAAAGGGACUGACAGGUGUGGAGGUAAAUUUUAACAUUUUAAAUAAAGAAGAGAAAGUCAUCAAAGAAACAUGGCAUUGGCGUGCCAUAUCACUCUUAACAGUACACCCAUACAUCUGUAAGAUUCCCACGUAACUACAGUAAAGACGCUGUACAAGCAGUGCACUGAUUCAAAUACAAGCAGGAGUUUGCACAGCUUUAAACGAGGGCAUGUAAUAGUGGUCUCAUAGAUUAUGUAAAGUAAAAAAAAAACAACAUUUAGAAAAUGAGGGAUUUUUAGAAGAGAAGAAUGGGUGACGGUUGGAUUUUAGAGAAUGAGCCAAAUGGAUACUGGACUGUUAAAACCACACUAAUACAGCUGUACUUUAUUGUGGACAGAGCUCAACAGUAUAGUGGGCUGAUGGAGGUUUGGCUGUUUGCCUUUCACUGCGUCGGUUUUUACAGUGGAAGUGAACGACUUCCUUAAUACUUGAGGGUGUGGUCUGAUGUGAAGACCAUUGUGCCAUACACGGUGAUCAAAGCUGGCAGUUACAACACAGUAACUCUGUAUCAUCUAUAUGACAGCUCAAACUACAGAUUUAUGCUGAGUUUAAUAAAAGAAUGAAUGGAAGAAGUUCAGGUUUACAAACUCAGCUUUUGGAGACUCGGCCUGCGAAGGCUUAGACUAACGCAGUCUGAGAUCAGAGGUUGAUUGGAGGUCACGCUUUCUGUACUCCAGUAGAAGUUCAGGUAUUUGAGUAAAAGAUCAUUCUACCAUAAGUAGAAGUACUGAUUUAACUGCUCUAUUGUAGUAAAAGUGAAAAACUACAGGCUCUGACAUGUAAUCAAAGUCAAAAUUAGGCCUUUUAGUUUAGUUUCACUGAAGAAAAUCAGCACUAAUGGAUGAAAUCAGACAUUACAAGUGUUUUUUUUUUUUUUUUGACAUCUAUUACACUGGUUCCAUUUUGUUUUCAUCUCUCCCAUAAUUUUUGUCCUAGUAUGCCCUUGUCGUCUUUUGUCAGAUUGCAGAAAAGAUUACAAUCAAGACAAACAAAAUGAACAAUUGAAACACUCGGUCACAAAAUCAGAGACUACAAGUUUGUUUGUUUUCUGUUGCUUCCAUAUCACUUUGUCUUGUUUUCUUUUACCUCGCUUUUCUCUUAUGUGUCUGUCAUGUAAUUUAGUCUGUGUUCCUGUGAAGGUUCAUCUUCUUUUGUCUUGCUGAAUAAGGGCAUAGAUUGAGCAUAGUGCUGCCACUAAUGACUAAUUUUGUAAUGAUUGAUCGUUCGACUAAUUUUUCGUUUAGUCGACUAAUCUAAACAACAAUUUAAAAAAAAAAAAAAAUCAAGUGUUUGUUAUUUUGUCAUGUCCAUUUUAUUUUGAGUACAACUCAAGGGCCAAAACAUAAAAUGUCACCUGUACCAUGAUAAAUGUAAACAAUAUAAAUACCUUAAAUAUUACCAAACAAAAAAUGACAAUUUGAGAUGUUUUCCACGCAAGAGCGGGGGCAGGGGGAGGUGGGAGGAUGAACAGGUGCGCAGGGAUCCGUGGACCAGAGGGGAGGGAGGGGCAAUGAACAGGUGUGCACAGAUCUGCAGACUGGGAUGGGAUGAACCACAAGAGCGCAGGAAUGAAACUUCAAAUGCUCUCCCUCUGUCUGAGGUACUGCAGGCACCAAUGCAGCAUGGAUUCCCCAUGUGUCGCGGCCAAAAAUAAAUACAGUCAAUAGUAAAACAACUUAUGGAAUAAAAUAUUACUAUUGACUAAUUUUCACGGUUGAUUACAUCGACUAAUUGCGGCAGCACUAAUUGAACAUAGAGCAUAUCUGUUUAGAAUCAUAAAGUGAAUUUUGAUCGAAGGCUAAGUAAAUCAAAUGAACACAGUAAGAACUAAAGGUGUGUUUCUGUCCUGUUUCAUCACGUUACAGUUUCAUUUUGUUUCUUGUUAUAUUUUUCUCUUCUUAUGUCUGUUUGUUGUGUUGUUUUUUAUCAUCCAUUAAGAGCGACACAAGAAAAAAUAAAAAUAAUGGAUAAAUCUACCCAAAUUAUUUCAAGCUAUAGUAUGGAGCUAGUUUAGAAAAUAUAAAGUAGUUUUUGUUAAAAUGUAGGACUAAGACUAAGCAGUACAGAUACCUGAAAACUCUACAGAAGUACAGUAAUGAAGUAUUUGUUACCUCCCACCUCUGUGUGAGUUAUGUGAGCAGGCCGGUCUGCGACGUUCGCUCUGCUUUUUUGAUUCAAGUCCAGAUGUACACAGGGAGUCAUGGGAUUCACACUGUUCCUGAACACCACAUAGUGGACAUUAUAGCCGCUGACUAAUCUAGUAUGUGAUAUCAGACGUGACUGUUUUUACUCUGACCUAUCAUGCGACCCCACCCCACCCCCUCGGGUCAAGCUGAAUAACCAAUGACUCUAAAGAUCAAAGACUGGACUCCAGUCAGAUGACGAGUUGGAGGAGGCUCCUCCAUCGAUGCGUGAGCUAUGCACUAAAAAGAGGCGGAGAGAUGGUGUGACGCUACGGCCGCCUCGUUCACCUCACAAUAAGGAAAUGUGAAGCAUAUCCAAGGUGAUAAUUUCAGUAAAGUGACUGGUUCGAUUGUGUGGCUUCAGAGAUGCUACAGUCGCUGUCUCUCACUUUGAAUGUAUCCAAAAAAAAAAAAAAGACAGUAAAAUAAGACUAUACAAACAAUGUUGGCAGCUUUUUUUCUCCUAACAUUGGAAAGGGAACAAAUAUCAGUUUAUGAGACAUGCA